UAACAGAACCCAGCCAUGGGCCCAAACGAGUGUGGACAAGGCCCUGUCCCCCCCCCUCUAGACCGGUGGGGGUGAUCCCGGUCCUCACCCCAAGGCCCUGACGAAGACAUGGCGGCUGAAGCUAGGGGGCCUAACAGCCAUGCCCAAGAUGGCAGACGCCAUGUGCACAGGAGACAUGGGGAGAAACAGCUCACUCCCCGCUCUCACAGCCGACACUGCAACCCUUGCCUCUAGACCAUGCCAUACAGGGAAGCAGGAUUACCUUUACCCACUAACACAGCCACUCAAGUCAGCGAUGUCAGCGGCUGCCCUGGGGGGAUGGGGGUACACAACAGACCGGCCGUUGCUGUAUGGAGGGACCGAGUCUACCACCAAGCGUGUCACCUCAGCGGCGAGACAGACCUCCUACUUGCCUCCCACUCAGCCUGCAACAGCACGAACCCUGCAGCGGCAGCUAUGUGUGGAUGACGCCGGACCCCCCAUCGCGGCUGACAACGGCCCCCAGGGGACCAAGCAGGACAAGCACUCCGUACCACGGCUGCAACCCCAGGGAAGCCGGCGAAUGGCUCAGAGAGCGGCAGGGCUGGACUGUGUUUUGCUGCCUGCUCUGGUGGACACUCACCCACUGCUGCAUGAAACGGACAGAGCAGGUAUCAGAUAGCAGCGGAACUACCCCUGUAUUUGAGGUCUCAGCAACACCACAACGACGGCUCUUCACUGAGUCAGCACUGGUAGUUCCUAACGGCCGGGGUGAAAACGGCAUUAAAGCGACAUCACAAGACCUAGCCUGAAUACCAAUUAUAACCAAACUACACUAGCCUGUUUGUAAAGCUACUGCUAUAAAUAUAUGAAUCAAGCAACCUUUCAUAUCUAGCAAGUAUUUUGUGCAUAAACUUAAUCUUGGUAAAGCGAAUAGAUAUGUAUGCUUAGCUUAAUCAGUUAUGCAAAUCAUCACUAUAUCAUUUUCUUGUCUUCCUCAUAUCUCAAACUUGUUUAAAAAAAAAAAAAAAAAAGUGCAGCAUCUCUUGACUACCCAUAAGAACUGUUUAUGAUGAUCUCAUGUGUUGAACAAGUCAGUGUUUAUGCAUGUAAUUUACUCUGCAC